GCCCAGCCCUCCUGCUCCAAAGUGGCCCCUAUGUCAAGGAUGAAAGAAAUGGGGGCAGGUCAGCAGCUGCUAAGCUCCACCUCCCAGCCCUGGCAGAGACCCUGCUCACUAGCCCUGGGCGGUCUUGGCCAGGCUCCCGCCUUCUCCCAGCUGCUGCCCAGCCUAUAAAGCCACCCUUGGUGUCCUUGCCUACUCUGUCCCCCUCCCUUGAUACCCAGAGUCAUCAUGGCGGAGCUCCCUGUGACAGAGAUGCCUGGAGAUGCUCUGUGCAGCGGACGCUUCACCAUCAGCACACUGCUGGGGGGUGACGAGCCCCCACCAGCUACCUGUGACAGCAGCCACCCCAGCCACUUGACACACGGCAGCACCUUGUACAUGCGCACCUUCGGUUACAACACUAUCGACGUAGUGCCCGCCUAUGAACACUAUGCUAACAGCGUUCUGCCCGGCGAGCCCCGGAAGGUGCGGCCCACCCUGGCUGACCUGCAUUCAUUUCUCAAGCAGGAAGGUAGCCACCUGCAUGCCCUGGCCUUUGAUGGACGGCCAGGCCGUGAGCUGACGGAUGGACUUGUGGAGGACGAAACAGGCACCGACAGUGAGAAGAGCCCUGGGGAGCCUGUGCGCUUCGGCUGGGUCAAGGGGGUGAUGAUCCGAUGCAUGCUCAACAUCUGGGGUGUGAUCCUCUACCUGCGGCUGCCCUGGAUUACGGCGCAGGCAGGCAUCGUGCUGACUUGGCUCAUCAUCCUGCUGUCCGUCAUGGUAACAUCCAUCACAGGCCUUUCCAUCUCAGCCAUCUCCACCAAUGGCAAGGUCAAGUCAGGUGGCACCUACUUCCUUAUCUCCCGGAGUCUGGGCCCAGAGCUGGGGGGCUCCAUUGGCCUCAUCUUCGCCUUUGCCAACGCUGUGGGUGUGGCCAUGCACACUGUGGGCUUUGCAGAGACCGUACGGGACCUCCUUCAGGAGUACGGCACACCCAUUGUAGACCCCGUCAAUGACAUCCGGAUCAUCGGCGUGGUCACUGUCACCGUGCUGCUGGCCAUCUCACUGGCUGGAAUGGAGUGGGAGUCCAAGGCCCAGGUGCUAUUCUUUCUUGUCAUCAUGGUGUCCUUUGCCAACUAUCUAGUGGGGACACUGAUCCCGGCAUCUGAAGACAAGGCCUCCAAAGGCUUCUACAGCUACCAUGGGGACAUUUUUGUUCAGAACUUAGUGCCUGACUGGAGAGGCAUCGAUGGCAGCUUCUUUGGGAUGUUCUCCAUCUUCUUCCCUUCGGCCACCGGCAUUCUGGCAGGAGCCAAUAUCUCUGGGGACCUUAAGGACCCUGCUGUAGCCAUCCCCAAAGGAACACUCAUGGCCAUUUUCUGGACCACCAUCUCCUACCUUGCCAUCUCGGCUACCAUUGGCUCCUGUGUGGUGAGAGAUGCCUCUGGGGACCUGAAUGACACAGUGACUCCCGGCUCAGGCACCUGCGAAGGGCUGGCCUGUGGCUACGGCUGGAACUUCACAGAAUGCUCCCAGCAGCACAGCUGCCGCUAUGGCCUCAUCAACUACUACCAGACCAUGAGCAUGGUGUCCGCCUUUGCACCCCUGAUCACAGCGGGUAUCUUCGGAGCCACGCUGUCCUCUGCCUUGGCCUGUCUUGUCUCUGCCGCCAAGGUCUUCCAGUGCCUUUGUGAAGACCAGCUGUACCCACUGAUUGGCUUCUUCGGCAAAGGCUAUGGCAAGAACAAGGAGCCUGUGCGUGGCUACCUGCUGGCCUACGCCAUCGCGGUGGCCUUCAUCAUCAUUGCUGAGCUCAACACCAUUGCCCCCAUCAUUUCCAACUUCUUCCUCUGCUCCUACGCCCUCAUCAACUUCAGCUGCUUCCAUGCCUCCAUCACCAACUCACCCGGUUGGAGACCCUCCUUCCAAUACUACAGCAAGUGGGCAGCGCUGUUUGGGGCAGUGAUCUCGGUGGUCAUCAUGUUCCUGCUUACCUGGUGGGCGGCUCUCAUUGCCAUUGGAGUUGUCCUGUUCCUCCUGCUCUAUGUGAUCUACAAGAAGCCAGAGGUGAACUGGGGCUCCUCGGUGCAGGCCCACUCCUACAACCUUGCCCUGAGCUGCUCCAUGGGCCUCAAUGAGGUGGAAGACCACAUCAAAAACUACCGGCCCCAGUGCCUGGUGCUUACGGGACCCCCCAACUUCCGCCCGGCGCUGGUGGACUUUGUGAGCACAUUUACCCAGAACCUAAGCCUGAUGAUCUGUGGCCAUGUGCUCAUUGGACCCCGAAAGCAGAGAGUGCCCGAGCUCCAGCACAUGGCCAGUGGGCACACCAAGUGGCUGAACAAGCGCAAGGUCAAGGCCUUCUACUCAGACGUCCUUGCUGAGGACCUCCGAAGUGGUGUCCAGAUUCUCAUGCAGGCCUCGGGGCUGGGGAGAAUGAAACCCAACAUUUUGGUGGUCGGAUUCAAGAAAAAUUGGCAGUCUGCUCACCCGGCCACAGUGGAGGACUACAUUGGCAUCCUGCAUGAUGCCUUUGACUUCAACUAUGGCGUGUGCGUCAUGAGGAUGCGUGAGGGGCUCAACGUCUCUGAGGUGACGCAGAUGCACGCAGCCCCCGAGGCACUGGUACAGGAGGAGCAGGCCAGCACCAUCUUCCAGUCGGAGCAAGGCAAGAAGACCAUCGACAUUUACUGGCUGUUUGAUGAUGGAGGCCUCACCCUCCUCAUCCCCUAUCUCCUGCACCGCAAGAAGAGGUGGGGCAAAUGCAAGAUCCGGGUGUUUGUUGGGGGCCAGAUCAACAGGAUGGACGAAGAGAGAAAGGCGAUCAUUUCUCUUUUGAGCAAGUUCAGACUGGGAUUUCAUGAAGUUCACGUCCUUCCGGACAUCAAUCAGAAACCUCAGGCUGAGCACACCAAGCGGUUUGAGGACAUGGUCGCACCCUUCCGUCUGAAUGACGGCUUCAAGGAUGAGGCCACUGUCGCUGAGAUGAGGAGGGACUGUCCCUGGAAGAUCUCAGACGAGGAGAUUAACAAGAACAGAAUUAAGUCCCUUCGGCAGGUGAGGCUGAAUGAGAUUCUGCUGGACUACUCUCGGGAUGCCGCUCUGAUCAUCCUCACCUUGCCCAUCGGAAGGAAGGGGAAGUGCCCCAGUUCGCUGUACAUGGCCUGGCUGGAGACCCUGUCCCAGGACCUCAGACCUCCCGUCGUCCUUAUACGAGGCAACCAGGAGAAUGUGCUCACCUUUUAUUGCCAGUGAUACCCAGUGUUCCUGCCCAGAGCCGAGGGUGUGGGGGUGGAGUCAGAACUCACCCUCUCCAGCUCCGAGUCCUGAUUCAGACUGAUUCAUCACAUCUGCUGGUCCCCUGCAGAAGACGGUGUGUUUCCAAACUGGCUGAACCCCGACAGAUACACCUUCUGGGCCUUGAAGUUGCAUGGAAGUCUCUGGAAGAUUCUAUCUCUUUUUAAAAAGCUUUUUCUUGAUGACCAAGUAGUAAACUGCAGUCUUUGAUUUGUAUGCGAAUUGAGUCCCAGCAUGGGGUGUACAUCUUAGCAGUCUCUCCAGACCAUCCGGGCAACCAUGCCCAAACCCAUCUCCUUCCCGCAUACAGGAGAGCGGGAGCCUGCCCUGGGGGCCUGUGCGGAGCUCCGAGGACCACAGGGUCCUCUGAGCCUGCGCGGUAAGGCACGUUUCUUCAGCCCUCACUCCUGUUGCUUUUCAGUGAUGGCGCCUAGGUGUUCUCACUGGUUAUUUAGCCCAGGGUCGCUAAGGUUCUCUGAUUACACAGUCCAUGGUUUUCCUGGGGACUCCGGAACAACUGACCGGAAGCAUCAAAUUGCAAAGCAGUAUUCUCACUCUAGGGGGCACCCUCCAGAUUCAUUCAUUCAUUUUCUCUCUCUCUCUCUCUCUCUCUCUCUCUCUCUCUCUC